GUGUCAGAGGCAAAAACUGUAGAGAGAGAGGAGAGAGAGCGAGAGAGAGAGCAAGAAAAGGGGGAGUGAGUGAGAGAGCAAGCAAGUUCGAGUGUGAGAAUCGCUCCUGCCCUCUGUCUUCACACACUGCUGCCUGUAUGUGUGUGUGCGCACCGCCUCUCCCUGCACUCUCUCUCUCUCUCUCUCUCUCGCUCUCUCUCUCUCAUACACACUCAGACGUGCGCAUACACAGACCAAGGGGGAGAGAGAGAGAGAGAGAGAGAGAGAGGGGAGAGGGAGAGAGGGAGUGUGAGGGGAGAGAACACAUCGCAGCAGAGAUGCAGCAGGAGGUUUUCCGAGGUACGUUCUCUUGUAUGCUUGCCUUCCUGAGAGACAGCCAGAGAGAAUAAGAGGAAGAGAGGCUGAAUUCUGUUGUUUUCCUGCUUGUUUUUCUGCUUCACUCCGCCGCUGUGGCUGUGCUUGCUCCGCGCGUGAAGAGGAGGAAAAGGUUUUUAUUUUACUGUGCGUGUGUUGGGGCGUGAGCAGUGGUGGGUGUGCGUAUUUAUGCAGCGUGUUUGUGGAAGUGUAUUAGUGUGUGUGUGCGUCUGUGCGAGGUCUGUCUCUGUAUGUGUGUGUGUGUGUGUAUAUGCGUGUGCCAGUUAAAGGCCUCGUCUCCCUCAUCCUCCCCUCUCCGUUGCUGGCGCACCACGCAGUUCUUUUUCAAGAGCGAUGACUCGUUCUGAGAUUGUGAUGAAACUUUUAAUUUAUCGAAGCCUCUCUCGUCUCUUUGGUUCCACCGCAGACGCGGGGCGGUCAGCACAUGUCAGAACAGAUGUUAGCUUUGUUGUUGGGGUCUUAACGUAGCGGGCCAGUCCCCCCUCUGCUGCCCAUGAACUUACCACCUGCAUCCGAGGAAGUGUUCUGGGAGAAAAACUGGCAUGUAGGCAUAAGUAAACAUCUCUUGUCCCGCCGACUGGUCCUGUCUCUUAUUUCGGUAAUGGGCCGCCCCGUUUGUCCUCCAUUUUACCAGCCUGUUGUUUUGCUGGAGGUUGUCUCUCGUGGAGCAGCAGAGGGCAUAUUCAUGUCACCGAACCCCGUUGUCGCUGCCCUAAGCCUCGCUCUUUUUUCCAAAACAACAGAGCAUCUGCUGCCAACUACUUCACAUUCCUGGUUUUCAUGGAUGCCAAGCCAAAGCCCCCCUCCGCUCAUUGUAUGGAACAUAUGAUCCACACUGUCAGAGGAGUAGAGGUCAUAGGUCAGACAAUAGGAAGUGCAGUUUCUCGCUGUGGUGUCACACACAGACCGUGUUGUCACAGUACUUUUGUGUUUGGGUAACAUUCAGUUUUUUCCACUAGGCCUCGGCGUGAAAAGUGCAAACACGCAAGUCUUGUUGACUGCGAGACCAAGCGGGUUUGUUGGGUGACAUGCCACAAACAUAGAGGAUGUGGACACGUUCAGGAAACUGGUGCAGUGCUUCGUCUUCUCUAACCCGCCGUGUACUCGCUCUUAAUGGUCGGUGCUUCGGCUCAGCCCUUCGCUAAUGCACAAAUUUUUCCUUGUUGUUCGAGACUGACAACUCCAACGGGGGCUAACUGCCGCCCCCUUACCGGGGACUCGUCUGGAAAUUGAAAAUGAUUUUGGGGAAAUAACCUCAGAAAGGUCACCGGUGUAGUGUUACUGCUCCCCGGGGUUACUUUUUGGCCUUACUGUUUCCUAAUGUCUCCCAAGGUUCUGUUGCAGCGAGCAGAAUUAUAGGAAUUACGUGCUGGGCUGAGAGCUAACAGAGCGUGGAGAGUGUGGCGUUUUAGACAUGGACAGGUUCGCUGGUGCGUGGAGCGGCAUGCAAAAACACCACGAUACGACACUUUACACGUCGGGAGGGGGUAGAUGAAGGGGGCAUCCAGGCAGUCAUGCUGAGGGGGAUCUGAAAGACAAGGAAACCAUGAAAUGUGAACAUAGGAGAGACAUGUUUGAAGUUUCCGCUGCCUCCCCCCUCCUCACACCACCACAGCCACCACUACCACCUCCACUCAACCACUCCCCAACCCAGGCUAGCUUCCCCUUACCUCCCUCCUCCCUCCUUCCCUCUCUCUAUCCCAUCUGGCUGGCUCCACCACGCUCUCUUGGCCGGGGGGUUGUGGAGAGUUCAGUAGCAGUUCUUGCUAACGAUGCUCCCCCCCCACCCACCCACCCACCCACACACACCCUCACGAGCACACAUACACCCUUUUCUUCACAGACCAACUGCUGCUCCAAUAGCUGGGCCCCUCUGGCUGCCCCUCACUGGGGAGAAAGCCUAACCGACACCUUCCUCUUCCCUCAUGGGCUUCGCCGCUGGCUCACCGGCUGGAACACCGAGGCCCCCCACAUUCUGCCUUCCAGGCACUCCCCUUACCCCCCUUACACACACAAACUGAAACACACACAAACUAAAACACGCACUCUGACAGGACGACAGCAAAUCACAGAUAAGGAUGAACUCUUAAGGUUUAUCCUGAUUCGUUAUAUCUCGGUUCCCAUUUUCUUUAAUUUGACCAUCAUGCCUUUUGGAUAAUUAUACCCUUAAACUCAGCAAUCAAUUAACGGCUACGAUCUGUGAACGCAGAGACGCUGCAAACUGAGUGGGAGGAAGAAAUUACAGAAUUACAGACUGACUUCCUGGUUCUGCUUUGACCUGCAGCGCUCCAGGCUGGAGUCUAAUCCAUCAGGUGACUUUAGCUUUGUAUACAUACGUUUUAGCUGCCGUUUUACUGCAGAACGCAGAGAUCCCGAUCAUCUCUCAACCUCUGGCUAGUAUAAGUCAUCUGACUCCUUGUGCCUUAUUACAUUAUGCUUCGGUGAAUUUGGCAUUUAGGUAGGUAGAUACAGAAACGGACAGAUUUUUCUCUGUUGCUUAAAAAGCAUCCAAACUAUUUCUUGUUCAAGAUAUUAAAAGCAGCUCAGAGUAAAAAAGAAGUUGUUGAUGUUUUGAUUAAAUCCUAAAACAGUUUUAACUGUUAAAUUCACAAUUAUUAGAGCUUGAAUCCUCAACUUGAAGAGACAUUUGAACAAAGGUUUCAUAACAGUUUUGUUUAGAGCCAAACUUUGACAAAAAAGCUGCAUAGACUUUUUCUUGAAACUUCAUACGAUCUGAAAUCUUUUAGUUGAGGGAUUUCCUUUGAGAUGAAAAAAAGAAACAACAACAACAGAAAGACAAGAAUUGAAUCUUAACAGUUAUUUGUCUGUCAGCACAAGUACCAGUUUCAGCGCGGAUUAACAGAUUGCUUAACGGCUGGUUCAAGGCCUUCUGCCGGCGUACCAGCCAAACUCCUCUGCCGUCCUGCCUUAUGUUAUGCAAGGCCACUUUAACAGUCAUGUUCCCAGAGUCUGAUUUUCCGUUUCAUAGUUAGCGGCUUCAAACUCAUGGUUACCAAGGUCAUGAAGUCUGUAAUGUUUUUUUUUUUUUUUUUUGGUGGGAGUGGUGAAGGAACAUCGAGUGAAACAGCAAAAACUUCUGUUGUUUUUGAACUAGUCCCAAAUUUAGAUCUGACAAUAUGUCAGGGUUAUUGAGCCAAACGGCACUUUGGAUGAUUUGGUCAAACGGUUCAAAAGUUACAGCGGGAGGCUAAUUGACGAGUUUGUGCCGCUUCCAAAGUAAAAUCUAAUAAAAAAAGAGAGAGAAAAGCAAACAGUUUUUUUUUUUUAAUCUCAUGUUUGUGAUUUGAUGUGGAUUCAGUCGUAUCAGUGGUGUUUCUUUUUCAUUCUCUCUGUCUGUGAAGUAUCUCUAUGCUAAAAUAGGUUUUGUUUUGACUUAAGUAAACUUUAUGAGUUAACCUGCACUAGCUGAAAACCUUCUCAUGUUUUGUGGUUUUGAGGUGCCACGAGCAGAAAUAGAUUAACACUUCACAGCUCACCAACUUGUUUGUUUGCACUGAACAUCCUGUUGCAGAGAGGUGUGGGAACUGACUUGUUUAUUUUGAAUCUGCUUUAGGGUUCUUGCCAUAUUCAAGGCCGCAUUUAUUUUAGUUCAUGUGAGUUGACAAAAAAAAAAGACAGAUGUGUGUUAAUGUUUGCGCACAAAUAAGAAAUAGGUUAGAGUGUCUUCUCUGUGCAUUGGUGAAGACAUUUCCGUGUUUAUGCGUAAAUCCAGACCAUUCAAAGCGUGUUAAAAGCUGUCUGUCACAGUCAGACAGCGUGUCGUGCCUGCUCUGCUUGUGCUGCGACUGCGUGCGUCACAGGGAGAUAAAGAGAAGAGCGAGGGGGCGUCAUACGCAUUUUCCUGUCCAUGGCGCGAGCAUCAGAUGAGAUGGUGAAAUUCUUAGCCUGAACGCUGUCUCACAGUGUGUCCGCCCACUUGUAGCACGCUGCCGCUUCCCAUCAGGGAUUUCCUGCAAAACAUCUAUCGCUCAGCGAACGUGGCUGACAAUGAAGGCCUGAUUCAAUACAGAACAAGAGAAUAUGUGAAGCCUGUCGAGACAGAAUUGUGCAUCCUUGGAAAGCCAUGAAUUGGUGGCACAACAAAAGCAUGCGUGCACAAAGGACGUCAUCAAGAGAACCUUCUGUUUUCUUCUUGUUGACGAUACUUGAUUCCACCUGGACCCUCAGACCUGAAGCCAAGUCACACGUCAGGUUUACCUCUCGGUUUGAAUGUCAUUUACAAAUGGGCCCAUCCUUGUCCAAGUGCUUUGUUUAUACCUGUCUGUCCUGCCUGUGGGCAUGUAUGAGUGUAUGUUCAGUGCUGAGUACACAUACAUGUUUGUUUGUGCUUGUUGGUAUUGUGUGUGUUGGUGUUUGCCUGGGCCUCAGUCUGUCUUACAGUGCAGCGUGUCUGACUGGCCUGAUCCUCCUCAUCCUCCCCAUCUCCUCUUCUUCUUCUUCUCUCUUUCUCUCUGUCUCUUGCGCUCUCUUCCUCUCUCCCUUUUUCUAUCACCCUUUCACUCUCCCUCAUCCUCACCCUCUCCCUCUCUCCCUCCUCUUCCCUCUGCAAUAACAGUGCUGACCUAGUUUCUGCCUGUUCAGGGCUGCCUGUGGAAUUUUACAGCGGCCUGCCUUCCUGGCUGCUUUGCUGCUUCAAAACGCAGGCAGAAAAGCAUGACUGAGGAUUUUUCUUCUGGUCGCAUCAUUAUCGCCGUCUCAGUUCUUCGUCUCAAUCUGCGGACCAAAACAAAUGAACCCAUUUUGAAUAAGUAAUAAACAGCGAGUUGCCUCCCGACAUGUGAAUCCGCAGCUAUCUUUCGUAUGAAGAAAUUGUAGGAGGACGGCAUCCACCACCAUGGCAGCGGAAUUAGAAUAGAAAUGAGAAUAGCCUGUCCCUCAUCUCCUACAGCUUAGCCGAGAUUGUACCGGAUGCAGAGGGCGGAAAAACACCCCUUCUCUGUGCACAUGCAUGCAAUCUCCCUCCCUUCUCCUCUUCCCCUCUUUUCUACCCUACCGCCUUUGCCUGCACAAAUAAAUGGUUAGAGUCAUGCCCGGCAAAUGCAGGCCGCUGCCAGGAAUGGCUAAUGAGGUUUCUGCUCAAGAGGGUUGAACUAUUUCUGUAUGUGUUAUUGCCGUAGAUCUAAGUCAUCCCUCUAUUAUCAGAGAAUCUUGAUUAAACCUGAACACCUUCCAAUUAUGCGUAGGGAAUGUUUUGUCACUGCAGAGGGAGAUGGAUCACUGGAAUGCCUUUCUGAAGGCUUGGUUGUGGCAUGCUGAAAUCUAAACCAGCACUGCCGCAGAUUCAUUCCUUCCCCCUACCCUCUCCCUUCUUUCACUCACCAGCCCUGGCUGAGUUGUCGGAGCUCAGCAUUUCUGGGGCAUUUAGUUUUCUUUUCCGUUUUUCAAAAGCGUUCCACAAGCGUCAUGUCUGCUACUGCGAAGCUUCGGAUGUAAAGUUAAUCCCUCGCUUCUUUAUGUUAAUGUGACGUAAUUAUCUUUAUGUUCCCAUAGCUAAUAGGUUCUGUCUGAUCUCUCUUUCAGAUUUUGAGGGCUGGUCAUGGUGUCCGGAGAGAAGGUGUGGGACCCCCUCCAUGCGGGCCGUAUCCAGUCACGUCUGAGUGAUCAACGCCUGGCUGCGGGGCUAACUCCCUUCUGCACAAUAACUGCGAGAAACAACUCGACGACGAGGCAGCAGAGUCAGCGGUCGUCACCUGUGUCUUCGCCGUCACGGUCAUCGGUGGCUGUAGACCCUUCUCACCAAGUCAAGACCCCCCUGCUGUUCCCUUCGUCUUUAAAUUCCUGCACCUCGAGCGGAGAGCCACAUAACCCACUUCACUGUGUAAGGGUUUUUUCUAAGCCCGAGGAAGAGGAGGAGGAGGGAGGGGAAGCUGAGCAAUUGGAGAUGAAGGGUAAAAGACAUGUAGGCCGGGGAGAGGCCAUGGUAGAGGACAGGCUGGAGGACAUGGCUGACGGACCUAAAAAUGCCAAAAUCACCUUAAGCUUCCCACUUAGUGCUGCCCCCCUCCCAGCCUCUCUGACAUCUCCAUCCCAUUGCCGUAGCUCCUCCUCAUCCUCCCCUUCCCCCCAUCGAAGGAGGCCAUCUUCCAAGAGCUCAGACGAGGGCUCUCUGUGGAAGCUGGACGCCACCACGGACGUAAAGCACAGACCGUUCAAGCCACCGAGACACGAGAGUUCUCCGUCCUCUUCUCCAUCCUCCUCCUCAUCUCCUAUGAUUGUUCACGCACUUAUGAGGAAGGACAUCAAAUCUCCGCCUCCUCUCAAGUGCUCCAAACUCAAUCCAGAGACUCAGUUUCACAGGUCGCCCCCGAGAUCUUCCAGUGGGUCUUUAGGGGGUUGUUAUGGAGGUGACGGAUGGGAUGAAAGGCACAGGCUGGCCAACGGCACAGCCUCUCCUUCUCGGACUGCCCAGAUCCUCUUCAGUCUGGGCACGUCGGCCUAUCAGAGAGGCGGGGACGCAGAGAGGAGGGAGAAAAUCACAGGGAGACCAGCUGGGAAAGUGGGCAGCCCUCAUGGACCAAGUCUUCACCCACCCACCCUCCAACUUCCUCCCCCUUUGCCACCACCUCCUCCUCCCCCAUCCGAGGGUCUUACCGCACCCCCUCACUCAUCCUCCUAUCCCCCUACUGACAGCCUGAAGCCUGAGCUGAUUUGCGGGGUGUGCCAUCGGCUCUUCAGCUCAGCCUCCUCCCUCACGGUCCACAUGCGGCUGCAUCGUGGUAGCCGCGCCCUGAGUUGCCGCUACUGUGGCAAAGUCUUCAUCCACAGUAAGCGACUGCAAUCCCAUGAGACAUCCUGCAGGGUGCCAGGUCUACCCUCCAAUAGCCUGGGCCCUCCGCCUCUCACUGUGCAGCCAAAGGAGGAGCCACUGGAAGAGGGUGAGGUGAGAGUGGAGGGGGGAGUGAUUAUGAGAGGAACAGACAUCAGUAAGGCGCGGCCAGGGAAGAAAGCGAGGAGCCUCCUGGCUCGUAUCCAAGGUGAUGAUGCAGCAGCCUCAGAGCUACUAGAGGGUGAUGAGCACCAUUUUGUGAAGGUGGUAGAUGGCAAUGUCAUUUACUUCUGCUCUGUGUGCGAGCGCUCUUACAUGACCCUGUCCAGCUUGAAACGUCACUCUAAUGUACACUCAUGGCGCCGCAGAUACCCCUGCCAUUACUGUGACAAGGUCUUCGCCCUCGCCGAGUACCGCACCAAACACGAGGUGUGGCACACGGGAGAGAGGCGCUACCAGUGCAUCUUUUGCUGGGAUGCGUUCGCCACCUACUACAAUCUGAAGACGCACCAGAAGACCAUUCAUGGGAUUAACCCCAGUCUCAUCUCCAGUGAGAAAACCGCUAACGGCGGUUACAAGCAGAAAGCGAACGCACUCAAGCUCUACCGCCUUCUCCCGAUGCGCUCCCAGAAGAGACCGUACAAAACCUACAAUGACAGUAUGCAUAACGGCCUGCUGCUGCCACCAACUGACACGCCUUCCCUCCCGCUGCCCGGCCUGGGCUGUGCUCUGGGUCCUGAGGACCUACAAAGUCUCAUCAGUGGGGCCCACCAUCAGACUGUAAAGCCUGACCCAGAUGCCUUCCCUGAUGGCUUCCCUGUUUCUGUGGCUGCUGAGCAAAGUGACCUCUCAGCGCUGACACCCCUCCCCCAAACCCAUAUGCCCCAAGUUAGAAAACAUGACAGUGAGGCCCCUGAUUUAGAACAGGGGAGAUGCAGUGGCAGCUUCAAAAUGUCGAGUAGCAGCAAAACCAAAACUCCUAAGACCGGUAGAGGCACAGAAACAAGCAUGCCUUCUGUGAUCACAUAUGGCCAUACGAAACCUUCUGUCAUAGUUCACGGGACAGCCGUGUCGUCCUCCGUCAUUGUGCAUAGUAAUCAGGUCACCUCUGGGAGUGAAAAGAGUCAGACAAAUAGUCCAUCCCCUGAUACCAGCAACAGUGAGGCGUCAUAUAAGGGCAGUCCCAGGCCGAUCAAAAAGCAGAGAGAUAGCGCAGAGAACCACAGGAAGAGGUCCAGAGACAGUUCAGAUACCGCAGAGGAGCAGCAGCCGAGAAGUAGACAGGAUGCAGAGACGGGCAGGUUAAUUCACAAAUCACGCAAGUCUCAUAGCAAGAGCGACAUCUCCAACUCAAAGCAGCUGUCAGCAUCUGUAGGGUCGCAGGUCAAAGAGGCAGGGCCGCUGUGUCAGAUUACUGUACGGAUCGGCGAGGAGGCCAUCGUCAAACGCAGCAUCUCCGAGACAGACCUCAGGAGAGAUAAGAGCCUUUCUCCCCCGAAAAACAAACGAGGCGAAACAUCGUUGGCGAAGGAAGGCAAGGAGCCUCGCCACGCUCACUCCCACCACCAUCAACACAAACACCGCCCCCACCGUAGAACGAGCCUGGAAGCAGAGGAGGAUAAAGAAGGAGGGGACUGUGAGGAGGACGGCAGGAAAAAGAGCUCCAAGUCCCCCGAUCGGGUCAGAGAGUACUAUUUCCGUCAGGGGGUACGUGAGCAAGACAGCGACCAAGAUGGAGAGGAUAAUUUAUGGCGGCCUUACUACUCCUACAAACCCAAAAGAAAGGCCCAAGCGCACCUGCAACGGGUCAAGAGCUGGCAGAGGAAACUCAAGUUCAAGCGCUCCAUCAGGCUGAAGAGGAGGGCGGAGAGGCUCAAGAACCGUGUGAAUAAAGACACGGACAAAUCACAGGACGAGGAAGAGGAGGGGGAGACUGAGAAGAUUGAAAAACUGUCAAAACCGAACAGAAGCAAAGGAGAGGGGGAUGAGAGCGAUUAUCUUUCUGUCCACAUGAAGGAGAAAAACAAAGUGGUGGAAGAACAAGUGAAGGGCCCCCCCGGUGACAUCGCGACACCUCCUCUUAACUCUCCAAAGCCUCCUGUGUCUACCUCAGUGGCUCCUUCUUCGGGGAUCAAACGGCGGCCUUGGACUAACGGGAACGCGGCGGAGUGUGGAACAUGCGGCCGCUGGUUCUCAAGCCCCAGGAAGAGAGACAAACACGAGCUGAGUCAUCUGCUGGAGUUUGUUUGCCUCUUCUGCCGAGCCACUUUCCCCUCAAGAGAUAAGUUAGAAGACCACCAGAGGGCCCAGCAUCCCAAGCCCACUGAGGUAUCCUCUGCACCCCCUAAAGUGGCUCUUGGCGAACAAGCUGAAGGGCCGAGAGAUAAACCUGUCCCAGAUAUCGCAAAGUAUGAUGAAGAUAAAGGGGGGCAAGCGGGCUUGAUCGGGACUUCUUCCAGUACAAGUCGCCUAAGCAGAAGAGCGUUAUCGAGACACACCUGUCCACAGUGUCACAAAGUCUGCAAGACGUCUUCAGCACUUACUCGUCACAUUCGACGCCAUGAGUUAAGCAGCUCCCCAGAGAGAGAAAAGGAAGAGGACGACUGUAAACCAAAACCAACAGAAACAGACGCCAUCAGCAAAGACCUGGACGCCGAGACCGGACAGGUACCCUGCGCUCUCUCUGUUUCAGUCAUCAGCUACUCAACGCCGGACCCACCCAGCGCCGUUGACCUUCUGGCAUCACAACAGCAACCCAAGGAGCCGACAAACCCGCAUCAGUCAUCAGAAUCCAGCGACAGACCUGAACUGACAGAGCUCAUCGCGCAUCGAGCCCCGGAGAGCGAGCCGAGCCCACAAAUACCAGACCCUCCGUUAGAAAGCCCCGUUAACCUUACACCCACUAAACACAAUUCCACGCCUGCCACACCCUCCACUCUCCAAACUGUGUUAGUCAUGAAUGGACCUGAAUGUCUGGACUACCGCACCCCCAGUAAAAAGAGCCUAGACAGCCAGAUGCACAGAAUACCCAGCCCCGCUCACAUCAUGGCAUCCACCAACACCUCUCCAAAUGUGCCCAUGACGUCACAGACCAGAAUAACCACUGCUGCUCCUCCUGUUUCCAUGACAACAGCUCUCAGCUCCGAGGGGGGAUUCAUGAAACGGGAUGGGGUCAUUAUGGACAGAGAGAGGCAGGGCGGGAGCGGUAUGUUUCUGCAUGCGGGUUACGAGGAACCACCUCUGGUCCAAGAUCUCAGAGUUCAGUCCCUGUCCAGGAGUCCCUCUCCCACCGAAGCACAAGACCUGACCAUGUCCUCCAUUUUAGCGAGAGAGAGGGAAAUGGAGAGGCAGAGGGAGAAAGAGAGGGAGAUAGAGAGACAGAAAGAGAGGGAGAGGGACAGAGAGAUAGUCAAAGAAGCAGAGAAGGAGAAGGUCCAGCAGAUGAGUCGAGUAGCACAUGCUCCAGAGGACCAGGUUUCUCUCUUGGUUCCUAAAGAGGAGCCCUUGAGCCCUGUACCGUCCCCCCAGCACAUCCACACUCAGACCACUAUAAACGGCCCCUCCUCGCACAGGCACACUCCCAAGUCCCCCUGCCGGUCCCCCUCAACUCUUGGACUCUUAGCUCAAUCAAACCGCCAGGUUCACUCCAGUUCUCAAGGACUCGACAGGCUCACGCUGCCCACUGGAGCAGCUGGUGCCUGUGACCGCCCCUCUGCCCACGCUCUGCUUCUCCCCCGAGCUCCCCAGCCACCUGAGCCGGAGCAACAGGACACCGCUUCUUCCAGAGACUCCCAGCAGGAGGACGCCACCCCAGUGGGCUACUCUGCCCAGAAUUAUCCCCUACCCCUCAUUGUGCCGGAUGGCUACCGCUCUAGUAAGAAGCAGGAGGAAAACCUGCUAAUGUCUUCAUAUCCUGCUGGAGCUCUUCCCUUCGGCCCCUUGGGAAAAAUGAUGGUCCCUAAUGGCGGGGAACUUGCUAAGCUGCCAUUUUACCCAGACCCUUACCAGCUGCUCUACGGACCCCAGCUGCUGGCCUACCCCUACAACCUGGCCGCUCUUCCUGUGGCUCUGAACAUGAUGGCACCUGCAGGGGACAAGGUGGAGCCUCUCCCUUUCCUCCCUGCCAUCUUCAACUACGCAGCCACUGCUGGGCCCUACAUGGGGGCAGCCCCUCACCCCCUCGUGACAAAUCCCAGCCUUUACAGCAGCGGCAGCGGCGGCGGCAAGAAACAACGAGACAGCAGCAGCAAACCCUAGGACACAGGAGCAUUAUGAGGAAUAUAUUUUAUCUGGGACCGCCUGGACUGUUUGGGACAGGAGUGGGAGGGGUGUGUGCACACUGAGUCACUGAGUUCACUCGCACAAUACUCUCGCCUCUCUUUUUUUAGUAGAGAUCAGAGCUAGGCUUACAUCAAGAGGAGGUUGAAGAGGGAGGAAGCAGCGGCAAAGAAACGGGGGAGAGGGGUCGAUAUUAUACGGACUUAUCAUCGCCCCCCUCUCUUUCCUCUUGCUCAGCUUUCUCCGCGUCUCUCCGGUCUUGCUGUAGUGUGUUGUAGUUCUAGAGCUUGAUUAAUCUUCCUCUCUGACUCAUUAUAUUAUCUAUAAGAAUAAGAACUCCUAACAGGGUGUGUGUUGUGUGAAAAAAUUAGUUCAGUCUGCUUCCCUUUAUAGUCACCGCAUAACGAGGAUAACCGCUCUUCAGGGAAGGCUUGUGUGGGCAAGAAUAAGGAAUGAGACCGAAGAGUCCUUAUUCUGCACAGAGGGAGGGAAGCAAAAGCAACUUCAAACAACCCGAAUCUUUGUUUGAAUUAGUGAAUGAGGACGAUGAUGAAGGUGUAUCCUGUCACUAAACUGUCCAUGGACGUUUCUGAGCAUGUACAUGCACACGUUUCGAGGGAUUCGUGCAUGCGAAGGUGGGCUUGAGCAGGUUUAACUGCAUCUGUGUGACAGUGAUCAAGCGUGUGUUUGUUUGUGUGUGUGUGUGAACGAGUGGAUCAUUCCGUGUGUGAGAGGCACAAAGCAUUCCUACUCCGGUUGGAAAAGUUUAUGUAGGUCAAUGUUUAGAAGUGCAUUUAAAAAUGACUCCAAAUCAUUAAGAAGUCAUUUGCGAUCGCUGGGUGUGAUGUGAGUCUAUGACAAUGAGAUCAUCAGAGCUUCUAAUGUCUCAACUAACAUGGCGGCAAUGUGGCCGGACAGCACUGUCGGAUCUGUAUAGCAUUCACCAUAGUUUAUACCUUAUGUGCACAAAAUAGAGAAGUUGUGGUCACUCAAUAAAAGGGGACACUUGUAGCUGCUUUGGAUAUGUAGCUGGCCACUGGGUAAGAAUGAAAGGCUGGUAGACCAUUGCACUUCUGUUUUUUCAUCUCAUUUCCUCCACAUAUAAAGAUAUAGAAUAAAAAAACAAAUCAGCCUUCAUCUUGCAUCGCCUUUUGCUCUUUAAAUAGAAGAGGAAAAGGCUUCAUUUCCUAAGCCAGGAAGAAGAAAAAUGACAGCGAAGAAGGAACAUGUUUCAAAAGGAUUCAGGGUAAUGAGUUAUUUCUGAAUAGGAAAAGAAAUAUAUGGGCACAAAACUGUUGGACUGUAAGUCAGAAGGCCCCCGCGAAAAACGGCAACAACUGUCGUCCUGCUUUUCAACAGAGUGGAGAUUAGAAAUAGCCUCAACUAUUUCCCCUCCUGGCCUGUGUCAUUAAAUAAGAGGUAGGAAGGCUGAGCUUAGCAGCCAGAGUAGAGGCCGAAACUCUGCAGACGCCCUCCUGGGGCCAUUCUGUUACAUGUAAUGUUAUCUCUGUGUUUGUUUUGUUAAACUGUGUUAUUUUUUUUUAUGUUGUUUAGCCCUCUUACCGGUUGGAAAAGGCUUCAGUGAAAAGGGGAGGGAGUAAACUUAAAAAUAUGAAUGUAAUUUUAGUCAUGAGGUUAAUGAAGUACAGCUGCGUUAAUGAUAGAGUUGGUUUCAGUUCUUUUUUUUUUUUUUCUGUUUGACACAAAUAACCUGUUAAAGAACCGUAUAACGUCUGAUAUGCAUAUAUACAGUAGUCCUAGGAAUAUGUCAGUAAACUUGGGUUCUGUAUCCACAAAGCAUGAGCAACACUUGCUUCCUUACCGUUUAUAUCCUCAGCAAAUCUGGCACCGUGCGCACAGCCUUUGUUUCCUUCUGAAUUUUCUGGCCUCUUCCGCUUCCAUAUCUCUGUUUGAGUAUUUUUUUUUUUUUCAUUUAGGCAGCAGGUUGGAUUAAUUUCUCAAAACAAGCUGCCAUAUUUAUGCCUCACAGUCACUAUCAAGGACCUUUUUUUAAAUUCUCCCUCUUCCUUCACUUGCACACUGCACCUCCUCUGAAUGAAGUACAUAUGUUUGAGCGUGUGCGCGUGUGUGUGAUGGUACAGGGUCGCCUUUUGGUUCAGGCAGGAGUGUUAAAAACACAGUGUGACCAACUGUAGGGGCACAGAAGCAUCCCCCUUGGGUGUGGUUACAAGCCUUUUGCGCCUAGGCGUUCGUGUUUCUGUGUACGAGAGAGUGACUGUAUGAAUAAGAAAACCAAAAUACUGUAAAUCUGCCUGAGCAGCAUAUCCCUUGGCAGUAUAUGGGCCACCUGUUAUUUUUGUUCUUUGACACUUUUCUGUGGGUUAGUUCCAAUGUAAAAAAGAAAAAAGCCUUGCCGUCUCCAAUACGAUAUCUCAAGCCAUUCCUGUAGAUGGACAUGUUUGUGUUUAUGGACCAUUUCUUAUGCCAUAGUUUGCCAUCACUGUAAUCACACAGACCAAAAGCAUGCAAAUCGACGUAUUGUAGUGACUGGACUGGAAUCUGGUGGUUAUAUACAACUAUUUACUGUAUGUUUUAGUUUAAAUGAAUGUGCCUCUGCUUUGAUAUUUAAAUAAUUAUCUAUAGUAAGAUGUGGAUCUGCCAGAUUUCAGCUGUUAAGGUGCCUUGUUAUGGCAUAAGAAAUUUGAAGAGUAAUGAACAUUUUCUGGAGGAAAGACGGUAUAAAUUGGAGAUAGAUUUCAUGGCUUUAUUCGCUAUGAAGCUGUUCAUAGAUGUAGGGGUGUGGCUAAACUGUUUUGGUAUCGUGUACAUGUCUAGGAUAAUACUGUGCCAUAUAGAGCCCACAAAAUAUGUUAAUGUUAUUUUUAAAAGAUGUUUUAAUGUUGCCUGAUGACUUUGUCUUUAGAUUUGAUACAAAGGCUUGUAGCCACAGCUCUCCCAAAGUCUGUAGUCUCCUUUUCUUCUUGUUAUCUCUCCCCUUGUUUCCGUCUCCCUUUCUUUCUCUUUGCUGCAAUCAAACAAAAUAAAGUAUUAACCUGAUGACCCAAUGAAAUCAGACCUUUUCUG